GCGAGAGGUGGGCUCCUGUCAGGGCCCAGGAGCGGCUGUGGAUUUGGCCGUCCCCGGGACCCCAGUGGCCGUGGGGUUCGAGAAGCGUAGCCGGUGACCCCUCACAAAGGGCAGGCGAUCGAGGCCUUCAGCCCGCCUCCCUCUAAAGUGGGCCGGGAUGGGGCCCCGAUGGCUCGCGAGAGUCCCGGGGGGCGGGGAGGUUCGCUGGGAAAAGGUGCUGGAAACAGGUUUAAGACGCGGCGCAAAAUUAACCGUAGGGGGCGGUGUCUUAGGACUGGCGCAAGUGAUGGGAGUUUCGGUGAUAAAUCUUGGUGCUUGGGUAUGAGGCCUUCUGGGUGAUGGGGUGGAAGGGACAGCCCAUGCUUGAAGGCUCCUUGAGAUGCGAGUCCAGGAUUGUUUAAUUAUCUUUCAUCAGCCCGGUUCCCCUCCUUGCAAGGAGUUUAAAGGCCGUGUUCUCUGAAGGGUUUGGAAAGGAAGAAGGAUGGCGGCUCUCUCUUCUGACGACUUAGCCCCUGGAGGCGUUUAGCGAAUUGAGAGCCCAGGCUCCCACCCUAAGUGGGAGGAAACUCAGGUGCUGAAAUCUUUGCCCUCCCCGCUAGCUGCAGGUUGCCACCAUGAGGCUGAAUCAGAACAUCUUGCUGCUGGGGAAGAAGGUGGUGCUGGUCCCCUAUACCUCAGAGCAUGUGCCCAGGAAGGGAAACCUUGGUGCGAGAAGUCACUGCAAAUAGGAAAAAGUGAAAACUGGAGCAGAGGGCAAUGACCUCCCUGGAGGAAGUCACCGGCCCGUAUUUCUCCCCCCCCCCCCCCAGCUUCCUUUUUGGCCUUUCAGCAAGGAAUUCCUUUACGUAAACUACAUGUGGGUACCACGAGUGGAUGAAAUCAGAGGAGCUGCAGCGUUUGACGGCCUCGGAGCCACUGACCCUGGAGCAGGAGUACGCGAUGCAGCGCAGCUGGCGGGACGACGCGGACAAAUGUACCUUCAUUGUGCUGGAUGCAGCGAAGCGGCAGGCCCAGCCGGGCUGCAGCGAGGAGAGCUGCAUGGCGGGAGAUGUGAACCUCUUCCUCACGGAUCCCGGGGACCCCUCCUUGGGGGAGAUCGAGGUCAUGAUUGCAGAGCCCAGCUGCAGGGGCCAGGGCCUGGGCACAGAGGCCGUCCUCAUGAUGCUGCUUUACGGAGUGACCAGGCUAGGUCUGACCAAGUUUGAGGCUAAAAUUGGGCAAGGAAAUGAGCCGAGCAUCCGGAUGUUCCGAAAGCUUCACUUUGAGCAGGUGGCUGUGAGCAGUGUUUUCCAGGAGGUGACGCUCAGACUGAUGAUGAGUGAGCCGGAGCGGCAGUGGCUUCUAGAGCAGACCAGCCACGUGCAAGAGAAGCCCUACAGAGAGGGGACAUCGGAGCCCUGCUGACAGCCGGCCGCAUGGACAGGCCUCCCUGUGUGUAUGGGCGUGGAAGCCCGGAGUCCUGCUGCAGGUGAACGGAUGGAGCCUGGGGCACGGGGCACACUGGCCCCGCUCCAGGCUGGGAAUCUCCUUGUGGGGCCCCUCAGACUCUGGGCCGGACUUGGCCUUGGCCUCCCUCUGGCUGGCUGCUGUGGCUGGGCUACUCCAGGGUCAGCCCGUCCUCCUGCCAAACCUGGACUCAGACUAGAGUGGAUGGCCUGAGUCCACAGGUGGAGGAGGCAGGUAGAGGCAGAGCUGCGGACCCGGGGGGCCUGUGACUGCGUGGGGCCUCCCUUUCGCCCGGAGGGGCUGCCCCGUCUCGGGCCGGGAGUAAAGCGCACUGCAUGCAGCUGGCCCUGUUUCCUCACUGGGCCCGUGUGGAGAGCCUCCAGCGUCGCAGGGACGGUGCUGGGAGCUUGGUCUUCAGUCCUGCAGAAGCAGGAGGGCGUGACCGCGGGAGGUUUGGAAAGGAAGGGGGUCAGCCCUGAAGGACAGCCAGGUGGCUGGGAAAGUGGGUGGGUGUCCUGGUCUUUGGAGCCAGUUUUGAGGGUGGGGUAAGUUCUAGACACAGCUCCGUGUGGCUGGAGCACCCCUUGCCCCCCCAAUGAAGCUCGGGCCUCCUGCUCAGCUACAAGGGCUGCGGGAGGAAGCGGAGGCCAGAGCCGGGGCCUCCUGAAGGCACCUCGCUCUCCCUGCCUUGUCCUGCCUCCCCGGGAGCAGCUCCACCUGCCGAGGCCACGAGGGGGCGCCCGUGGCACAGGCCUGAGCUGGCCGGGCUGCGUGGCAGCCAGUUAAGCACCUCAGAGCCAGCGGGACAGCCUUUGACAUCUGUCUCUCAUCACGCCCUGUCGUAACCCGGUGGCAUGGUUUCAAAACACCGUCGGAGAAGAGACCUUUGAGGGCACCUAGAGUAUUUUCAUGGAGGAGGAAAUGGCACCCCACUCCAGUAGUCUUGCCUGGGAGAUCCCAUGGACAGGAGCCUGGCGGGCUACGGUCCACGGGGUCGCAAAGGGUCAGACACGACUGAAGGAGGAGCAGGCGCUUGCCAGAGGCCCCGGCGCUUUUGAUGGCAGAGCCAGGACUGGCUGAGGACUGCCAGCUCCCAGGAGGCCUCUCUCACCAGAUAGGAGCGUGGAAAACUAGAAUCUAAAAUAGCCUGAGGGCUUUCCUGGUGGCUCAGUGGUAAAGAAUCGCCCCCCUGCCAAAGCAGGGGACGCGAGUUCCACCCCUGGUCUGGGAAGACCCGAUGGCAGACCAGCUGAGCCCAUGCAUCACAGCCUCUGGGUCGGAGCUCUGGAGCGUGGGAGCCACAGUACUGAGGUCUGUGGGCACCAGAGCCCGUGCUCUGCAACAAGAGGAGCCACCGCAGUGAGAAGCCUACGCCCCCCCAACUGGAGAGCAGCCCCUGCUCGCUGCAGCUAGAGAAAAGCCCACGCAGCAUGAAGACCCUGCACAACCACAAAUAAAUAAACUCAUUGAAAAAACACAGCCUGCACCUCACACACACACUGCUCGCUGGGGCCCGGGGCCCCUCAGUGACAGGUGCCUCUGAGCCACCUGUGCCAGUUUAAUGAGAGUCAAAAGUCCUUAGGGCCUCCCCACCCAGCAGGUGAGGUAGGGAGGGCCCCUCCCCAGCCUGGGGGGCCAGCACACCUGCAGGGGACCUCCAUCAGGUGUCACAGGGUGGAGGCAAGGGUGAGUGGGGUCAGGCCAGGCCCAGCCUAACUGCUGCAGUUGGUGCGGUGAUAAGGGUUUUGGGAGGUUUCUCUUUCCCAGUGGUGGAAUUCUAACUAAUCUUAACAGGUCUAGUGAUGGCCAGAUAGUGACCUUCCCUGCUUGUUCUCCUCAGUCCCAGGAACCUGGCUUGAGUGGCCUCCGGGUGGGGUGGAGGACAGCCCAGGGCCAGCUUCCCUUCCUCCUGCCUGCCCAUGAACUGGGCCCUGCAGGCCACGGUGGCAGCUGCCCAGGGUGCCCUUCGGGUCAGCAGUAUAGAGACCUGGACCUCCCGUGGAGGAGCAGGGCAUUUCAUCCUUGGAAAGUCCCCUCCACCCCACCUGCCACAAGCAUGUCCCAGGGCCCAGCGGGCCAGGUCUAUCCUCCCCAUCCCCGCAGUCAGGUCCAUGGCCAGGUAAGAUGAGUAUCUGGGAGGGGGGCGGGGACACCAGCUUGGGUCACGCCUGGGAAUCUGCACCUCUCUGGCAGUGGGCAGAAAGAUUAAAGCCAAGCCUUCUCUCUCCAA